UAAUAAGCCAGCGCCGCCCGAGCGCAUUCCCGCCGAGCUGCCGGCAGGGAGCGGAGCAGGGGAGCCGCCGCCCGGUCCGUGCGUCCGUCCGUCCGUCCGUCUGUGCCGGCGCCCUCCGCUCAGCCCGAUCUGCGCGCAGCAGGGACAGCCCCAGAGGGUCAUCUGAGUCCAGGGGCAAGGCAGCAGUCAAGAUGGCUGAUGAGGGCCCCGCCCCCUUCUCAGAAUAUGACUUUUAAAGGCAUGAAACAAAAGAUGUCAGCAUGGCGGAGCACCCAGACGUGGAAGGCCUGGAGGAGAGCUUCCGAAAGUUUGCCAUCCAUGGAGACACCAAGGCCACGGGGCAGGAGAUGAAUGGCAAGAACUGGGCCAAACUCUGUAAGGACUGCAAGGUUGCCGAUGGCAAGAAUGUCACCGGCACAGAUGUCGACAUCGUCUUCUCUAAAGUCAAGGGGAAGACUGCCCGAGUCAUCAAUUACGAGGAGUUUAAGAAGGCCCUGGAGGAGCUGGCCGCAAAGAGAUUUAAGGGCAAGCCCAAGGAGGAGGCGUUCGACGCCAUCUGCAAGCUGGUGGCGGGCAAAGAGCCGGCCAACGUGGGCGUGACUAAAGCCAAAACGGGAGGGGCCGUGGAACGGCUGACGGACACCAGCAAGUACACGGGCUCCCACAAGGAGCGCUUCGACGAGAGCGGCAAAGGAAAGGGCAUCGCGGGCCGCCAGGACAUCCUCGAUGACAGUGGCUACGUCAGCGCCUACAAGCACGCGGGAACCUACGACUCCAAGGUGAAAAAGUGAGGUCCCGCGCUGCCUCCCCCCUGCCUGAGGGGCCAGGCCCAGGCCCGAAGGGCACAGGAAAGGCGGGAGGGAGGCGCUGACCACCUGUCUCCCGCCUCCGUGGCCAGGCCCCGCCCCCAGCACGCCCCAGGCUGCCCUGACUUUGUGUCCCGUGCCUUCCAUUUCCUGCCCAGGUGUGGGGCGCCCCGUGGGCCUGCCAGGGCCCUAACCCAGGCUGGUCCCAUUGCCCCCUCCUCACUAACCUUCUGGGCAAAGCAUGGGGCCCAGGCCCUGUAGCAAGAUUCCCAACCCAAAGGGAAAUGACUGGCCCGUCCGGCCGCCCCUCAUCAGCUUACCCCAUAUUUAAACCGCUGACCCUGGAUCAGUACCUGCUCUGUACUCAGAACCCAAUAAAGAAAGCCUUUUGUACUCA